UUUUGCGGUAUCCUCAUUGCUUAUAAGCAGUCAAUAUGCGGAAUAUGGAGCAGAUGAACUACCUCGACGUCUCAGUCAUUGCAUUGAUGAUCUCUCAUAUUAUAAAAAGGAAACGGAUCAAAAAAUUCGAAAUACAUUAAUUGAUGAUUUUCAAAAAUUAAAUGAAUCAUUAUCUACUCUGAUUGCCUCAGGCGGUGAACCGAUUGUGCAACGUGUCAAAAAAAUUACUGGUGCACAUGCGAUGGAUUCGUUUCUUAAUAUUUCGAAUGAAGCUCAGGAAUUGUUGAAACUUGUAAUUGAUGGUGAAAAUGAAUUGAAAACAUUAAACGGUGAAUUGUUUUCAUUGCGAAAUGAGCUAACUAAGUUGUAUCGAACUUCAAUUAAUGAAAUAUACGAUUGCAUUCAUAAUGAUUUGCAAGUUAUUAAAAAGCGUUGUCAGGAAAUUGGAAAUGAACUUGCUGAUAUCGAUAACAUUACGCUUCAUCUUCGACAAGAUAUUCUUAACAGUGAUACGAUGAAUGCAUUGAAAAUGUUAGUAGAAUCAAACAUUGCUGAAAUAUUUGUUGAAGCAAUAUCGGAUUUUAAAGAUGGCGAAAUUGAAUUAAACAAAAAAGUACAAGAAAAAGAACAAGCUGUACAAAUAAGCAUAAAAGAAAUUCAACAUGAUCUGUUACGUAUUGCUGAUACGCUAUCAACACAAUUACGACAAAUUAAACCUGAAUUAUUGCAUAAUGUAUUGAAACAGUACAUGGGUGAUAGUUAUCAUAGUAUUGUUCAAUACACAUGGUAUGCAUCUCUAACUUUAUGUGCCAUAUUUUCAUUAAAAGCGCUUUAUUUCUUAUUUGCAUUAUGUUAUGGUUGUUUUGGACGACGACCAAAUGAUUAUCGAAAUGAUUGCUGUAUACGAACCACCGGCAGUAAACUUUUCGUUUGUGGAAUUUGGUUAGCAAUAAUACUGUUACCAUUGAUAGCUGCAUUAACAGCUUCCUUUCUAUUGAUUGGUGUUAAUGCCUAUUCACUUGGAUGUUGGCCAUUGGAUGAUCCCUUUUCAAGGCCUGAUAUGCUUUCGCUUAGUGAACGUAUAUUUGAUGCAUGGCGUAGUAAACAGAUAGAAGAAGACUUAUCACCACUAAUGAAUCAAUUAUCAUUAGCUAAUGUAAUACGAUCAUGUAUGCGUAAUGAAACAUUAUAUCAUAUAUUUGCAAUGGAUAACAAGUAUCAUUUAUAUGAUUUACGACAAUAUGGUAAGGAAUUAUACGAUCGCUUAGAAUUAAAUAUUCAAGAUGGUUUUUCGGAUAUUAAUUUAUCGAAAUCAAUUGCAACAUUUGCUUCACCGGAACAACUUACAAUGUUACAACAAAUUGUUAAUAUUACCAUCGAAUCGAAUAUUCCACUAAUUUCCCUUCAGAUCAAAGAUGAUGUGGAACAACUCGAAAAAAUUCCUCGAUUGAUAAAUUUGAUCGAAGAUGAUCAUGCUAUUGAAAAUCUUCCACGAUCUGUUCAAAUAAUUGCUGAACAAUGGCGAACAUUCCAGAUAAAAAAUGUAAAUCCGACACUGUUAAGUCAUGCUAAUGCAUUAAAAAUGCUUACUGAAUUAAACAAUCGAUUAGAACGGAUCGCAUUACCGAGUGUAGCAUUAUCAGCUAAAUUACAACAUGCACAAGCAUUGUUAUCAUCAAAUUUGAAUGAAUAUUUUCGAGCGGCUGCUGAUCAAUUGGUGCAAGAAAUGAAACAACAAAUUGGAAAAUAUAUCGAACAUGUUCGCGUACAGAAUGGUGUUUGGGCAUCAAUGGUUAUAAGUAUUUUAUGUACUAUACCACUUAUCAUUAUGGGAUCUGCAGCAUCGGAACUGUAUAAAAAGAAACAUCCUUAUCCAAAAUACAUUGUAAAUGAGCCAACAAAUACAGAUGGGCAAGGAGCAUCAGGCACACUUGUUACUGAUUCCUAUGACGUAAGAAGUAAACAACAAAAAUUAAUGUAUCCAAAUACCUAUGCAAUGUAUUUUGGUUAUCCGCCACCCUAUUUGAGAACAAGGAGUUGA